CUCCGUGCCUCAGUUUAUCUCCUCUGGGAAGCGAGUGAUUGCGGCCCGGCGCCCCCGAGGAAAGGGGGACGAACCGGGAUGGUCACGGCCAAGUCCACCUGCACGUAUUAAGCACCUGCUGUGUGCUGGGCGCCCGAGGCCAGAGACAGAUCCGGGGGCUGAGGAAGUGACUCGGAGAGCGCUCGGAGCACCCUGAGAGAAGUUGCUUGGCCACCUAGCAACAAUGAGUCUGGUAAACUGUGAAGAUAGCUGUGGUGCCAACCAGCCGGACAGCGACUGUUGUACUGCCAUGGCCAGUGCCUGUAGCACUGGCGCAAAGGAGGAUAGCGUAAAUGGGAGCACCAUUCCUGGGAACCUUUCCAGUUCCUUGAUGGAAGAGAUUCAAGGCUAUGAUGUGGAGUUUGAUCCACCCCUUGAAAGCAAAUACGAGUGUCCUAUCUGUCUGAUGGCAUUACGAGAAGCCGUGCAAACCCCAUGUGGCCAUCGGUUCUGCAAAGCCUGCAUUGUCAAGUCAAUAAGAGAUGCAGGUCACAAAUGCCCUGUUGACAAUGAAAUACUGCUGGAAAAUCAACUAUUUCCUGACAACUUUGCUAAACGGGAAAUCCUCUCGCUUACAGUGAAAUGUCCAAAUGAAGGUUGUCUGCUGAAGAUGGAACUGAGGCAUCUAGAGGAUCACCAGACACAUUGUGAGUUUGCCCUUGCAGAAUGCCCACAGUGCCACCUUUCCUUUCGGAAAUGUCUCCUUCACAAUCAUAUGCUCAUGGAGUGUCCAAGGCGACAAGUGUCGUGUGUGAACUGUGCUGCACCAAUGCCAUUUGAAGAGAAAGAGUUCCAUGACCAGAACUGCCCAUUGGCAACAGUCUUCUGUGAAUACUGCAACACCAUGCUCAUCCGGGAACAGAUGCCUAAUCACUAUGAUAUAGAUUGCCCAAUAGCUCCAAUUCCAUGUACUUUCAGUACAUUUGGGUGUCGUGAGAAGAUGCAGAGGAAUCAUCUGGCUCGCCACCUGCAAGAGGCUACUCUGGCCCACAUGCGCAUGAUGGCCCAGGCCAUCGAGAACAUCAGCAUUGCAGUUUUCAAUUCUGGGCGUGAGGCCCCUCCCUACGAUGGGAGCUCCAUAUCCCGGGCCCCCUCAGGAUGCCCCCACGACAUUCAUAACUUCCAGGAAACCAUCCAGCAGUUGGAGAGUCGUCUUGUAAUACAAGACCAUCAGAUCCGAGAGCUGACCGCUAAGAUGGAAACACAGAGUGCUUGCGUGGGGGACCUCAAAAGGACCAUCCGAACCCUGGAGGACCGAAUUGCUGAGAUGGAGGCACAGCAGUGCAAUGGCAUUUAUAUCUGGAAGAUUAACAACUUUGGGAUGCACUUGAAAUCUCAAGAAGAAGAGAAGCCUGUUGUCAUCCAUAGUCCUGGAUUCUAUACUGGCAAACCUGGCUACAAACUCUGCAUGCGCCUUCACCUGCAGCUGCCAAGCGCUCAGCGCUGCGCUAACUAUAUUUCCCUUUUUGUCCACACGAUGCAGGGUGAGUAUGACAGCCACCUUCCCUGGCCCUUCCAGGGCACAAUACGCCUCACUAUUCUCGAUCAGUCUGAAGCACCUGUGAGGCAGAAUCACGAAGAGAUCAUGGAUGCCAAACCAGAGCUGCUUGCCUUCCAGAGGCCUACCAUCCCCCGGAACCCCAAAGGUUUUGGUUACGUGACUUUCAUGCACUUGCAAGCUCUUAGGCAAAGAACCUUCAUUAAAGAUGAUACCUUACUUGUGCGUUGUGAGGUCUUGACACGCCUGGACAUGAAUAGCCUAAGGAGGGAGGGCUUUCAGCCACGCAGUACUGAUGCAGGGGUAUAGUGAAUGGCCCCUGGCUUAUGAAAACUGAAUCUGUCUGAAGUCUGAAGCCAGCUCCUGUCCCAGUUGCCUUACGUGAUUUACAGCGCAGUGGUACGGUCCAGGCUUUAUUUCUGGUUGCUCGUGAAGUCAGUUCAAGAGUCUCAGUCCUCCGAAAGCCUUUGAGCAGUGAAACACAAAUCAAAACAAUGAUUUAAAAACGUUGUGUUUUAUUACGGUAGCAUAAAUCCUGUACCAUUGCCUGAAAAUCAUCAGUCAGCCGUCCAGAUCCGUAUCCCCGUCCCAAGUCCUCACUCCUUCUGUGGCCGUCUACAUUGAAACAGUUUUCCCUUAGAGAUGAACACUUGAUCUGCUUCUACAAAAGAAUGGCACCCAAGGUGCCUUUAAUGUAUUUUAACGGUUUGGUUAGUCGGGGGGAUGUCUUUUGUUCUUUCUCAGUUAAAGUCCGAAGAUCAACAUCGAAGGGUUUUCCCGUGAACUUCACCCAAAGGAUGGUAUUUAUUAUCCAGAAGUCAGAAUAGAGCAGUUGAAAGCCUGCUCUGCCUCCCCUCCCUCCUCUUGCCUGGAUAAUUAGAAAUUUCCUUCAAGCCAUAUUGUUUUGAUGAUAUUAGACUUAAGUAAACUGAGAAUCACUACCGCCUUACCUACCCCAAAAGAAGAGCUAAGUAGAGACUUGAGUUCUCAAAAUUUUGACACCCUUUUACCUGUCGGGAUCUGAGGUGAAGUUCCCAUUUGCUGCUUUUUUUCUCCCAGGGAAUUACCAGCUCCAAGCACAGUGAUUUAUAGCAGUCUUAGACUUGUCAAAAAUUUUUUUCUUCACCAAGACCAUAUAUAUUUUUAUAAAGGACUUUGAACUUUGCAAAUGGUCUUUUCCAUGCAAAUGUUACAUGUGAAUGUCAGAGACUUUGUUUUGUUGGGAUUUUUGUUGUUUUUGGCGAGGCAGUUGGGAUUAAGUGACUUGUCCAGGAUCACACAGCUAGUU